AUUUCCUCCCGCGUCUUUAAAGGCUGAUAUAUCGUGGUAUACGUAAAAAUUAUCACUAAAACUAAAUAGUACUUUUACGUUCCUGUUGUUUCUUUGGCCAAUAACAAGACCAGAUUUAUAAUUGAACUUUAUAUUGUAUUUAGUUCUAAUAUUAUAGGCUAUUUUAUACAGAUACAGUAUACUUUCAAUUUUAACACUUUUACUCUCUGCCAUGCGUUCUCACACUCAACUUCAAAAACGGGGUUUUCCCCUUUUUUUGUUCCAACGCUUUUAUAAGCUUCCUAGAUGGCACCACGCAUCCAUUCCUCUUACAUAACAGACAGACACAGAUGCAGAAAGAAAACUCUUUCGUCAAAUUGUACCGAAUAUACAGUUACACAAACAAUGCAUUCUCCACGCUGCAAGUGACAAUUUUUACACCCGGAUUCAAGAAAUAAAAUUUCCCCCAUCUAUAUUCGUUAUUUUAAAGUAAAAGGCCAAGUUUGCUCUUAUAAAGAUAUAAUGAGAACUAGAAAGUUUUAUUUUAUGUUGUGUUUACAUACCGGUGCACGCACGAUGUCGCCUUGAAGCAACGACUACCGAAUGCACGUGCAUGAUGCGAUGGUCGGUCGUGUUUCUGUAUCUUGCUUACUAAAAGUAUAUCCUAUUCACUUUCCUUGUGGGUAGUUUAUGGGUGGGCAAAUCUCAGUACAAAAUAAAAAUUCUUUUCUACCCAACAUUCAAGUUGACGAACCUGUUUUCGUUCUUCGAAAGCGAAAGUUAUUCUAUACAAAAUAGUCUGUUCGACUAUUCAACUCUAUUCGAGACGUUCUUCAAGAUUAAUUAAUAAGAUUUGUUCUGAGCAACUACUUCAUCAAUUGUGUCCAAAUUCAACAAGUAGUAGUUGAAUUGUAUCAGUAUACAAAUUAACAGUAGUAUUUAAAAAAUGACUGCUAAUGUGUUAAGUCCAAAUACAAAAAGUUUACAACCUCUAAAGAAAAGAAAAAUACAAAGAAGCGAUACAAUGAAUAAUGAUUUGGAAAAUAAUGUUCAAACGAUUCAAGAAACACAGAAUAGUAUAGAGUGCACGAGUAAAGAAAAUAAAGAUACAUUGAUGCAAAAUGUUGUCUUAAAAAAUUCACCUAUUACAAAACACAGUAGCAAUGAAAAUAUUAAAAUUGAGACUGCGGAUACAUCACAAAAUAAUGUGGAAAAUUCAAAUAUAAUAGGAAUGUAUAAUAAUAAUAAUAUUAUUGGAAAUGAUAACCAAAGUUCAAGAAUUAGUAUUUGUAAACUAGAGGAUUUACAAUGUACUCCCACAAAAAAAACAGAAUUAAACGAAUUCAUAGAUAUACAAAACAUUAAAACAGAGAAUGUAAAUAGUCCUGACAUAUUUAGUCCUAGUUCUUCAAAUAUAAAUACAAUGGAAUGUUAUCCUAGAUAUAUUAAAAUGUUACAAGAAACACCAACGUUGUGUGAAAAAGAAAAUUAUUAUGUCAAUGAAUAUAAUACCCCUUCUAAACGAAAAAAAAGAAAACUUAGCGACAUCAGUGAUUGCGAUCAAAUAUCUGAUAUGCUUAAAUCAGAAUUAUAUGAUGUAAAUUUAACUGAUAUGGAACCCAUUGAUAUGCUGCAUGACUUGACUUCUGUGAUAGACUUUGAAGAAACUAAAAUAUCCUCGGAAUUUUUAUCUUCGACGGCCAAUGAUGAACAGAAUGAACACAAUAUGGAAAUGUCCAGAGAUCCGCAAGUGGAUCCUCUUUUUAUUGCCAAUUGUGAUCUCUAUAAUACAAACAAUGAAGAUAUUGAUAAUAAAUAUACAAAGAAAACAACAAUGGCUAUACAUCAUUCAGGGGAAGAUGUAACGACAGAAUACAGUGAUGAAACUGAAAACGAAGAUAAAGAUGAAGAUGAAAAUAGAAAAGUUAACGAUGAAAUUUAUGAUACAUUGAAAAUGGUGCUUGGAGAAUUAAAUAUUCAAUCAGACUCAGAAAAUGAGCAAAAGCUUGAAGAUGCUAAGAAAAGGUUGUAUGAAUUAAAAGUACAAUUGAUACACAAUAUACCACCGCAACAUAAGAUUGAAACUACAGCAGGCUCGAGAGCGUUGUCAAGAACAGAGAGGCAAUUAUUUUCAAGUUAUGGACCAAUAAAAAAUGGCAUAUUUUCACCUGCUGAAGAUAAAACUAUCAAGAAUAAUUGGAUAAAAUUCUGUGAAAUUCAUAAUUGGGACCCUAAAUAUACAGAACCAUUUCUUUGUAUGAGAAAAAAUAAACGAUAUUGUAUCAGAAAUAUAAAAGACAGGCAAAAGUUUGUUCAAUUCAUAGCAAAUGGAUUACCAUGGAGGACACUGUAUAGUGUGUAUAACAGAUUUAAAAAUAUAUAUGAUAAAUAUGAAAAGACUUUCAAAAGAUACACAGUAAAUGAAGACGAACAAAUAUUAUUAUUCAUGAAAAAUAAACGAACAAAGAGAAAAUAUCGAAAGAAUAAAUUUUGUGAUCUAGCCAAAUCGUUAGGGCGUACAAGUCAUUCAGUUUGGUUACGUUACCAGCUUCUUAAAAAAAUGCAAGAAAGCCAUACAGGGAAACCAUUAUCACAAGUUAAAUGGACUUUACCUUUAAUUGGUACAUUCAUAAAAGCUAUUAUGAAUGUAACAUUGUCUGAAAAACUAGAAGAUUUAAAAGAUGCUACUUUGCCAAAACCAAUUUGGUUAAAGCUAGAAGAGAAAUUAAACAUAGACCAUAAUGUACUGAAAGUGCUUUGGAUGCAUCAAUUGCAUAUGCAAUUGUUUUGUCUCGAACCGAUUUAUUUGAAUGAUAUGAAAAUAAAAUUAAUUGAAUACAUUUAUGGAAAAGGAAUCGCACAUACUCGGGAAAUAAUAUGGCCGAAUGUUGCCAAAUAUUUCGAGGGUGUAACUACUGUCUUUUUGUGUAAAGUAUUUUUUUAUCUUGUAAAAGAAGCUACUAUGAAAAUAGGCAAGCAAGACUUUCUUUGUAUUGUGGAAUACUUGUAUAACCAUAAAAUAUCUGACAUAAGAAAUGAAUUGACCGAUAAAUUUCUUCCUAGACUAUCGUAUAAUGACGGGACGGUAGAAAUUAUAGAUCAAAAUGCAGACGACAAUAAUGAUACAUAAUAAGAGAUGUUAAUGAAAAAGAAAGCACACGCUGAUACAAUUACCGCUACCCUGCAAAGUACUUACGUAAGUAAGUUUAUAAGAAAAUUACGAAAACCUUUGUACAACACUGUACUUCUACAGCACUGGAUAACAUCAUUUUUGCUUAACAUAUUUAAAAACUAAAUUACUUUAAAAUAAUGACGCGAAGAAAUAAUGAACUAUAGUGGCUUUACAUGAAAAUAUACAGGG